AUGGACAUAAACAAGAAUGAUCGGCAAGCCACGUGGGGCAUCUACGACAAGGACUCAGUGCUUCGGAAGGCCCUGCAUGACAGCCUGCAUGACUGUUCCCAUUGGUUUUAUACACGCUGGAAAGAUUGGGAGUCCUGGUAUUCGCAGAGCUUUGGUUUACAUUUUUCCCUGAGGGAAGAGCAGUGGCAAGAAGACUGGGCAUUCAUCCUCUCGCUUGCCAGUCAGCCUGGAGCAAGUUUGGAACAGACACACAUUUUUGUACUUGCACAUAUUCUUAGACGACCAAUCAUAGUUUAUGGCGUAAAAUAUUACAAGAGUUUCCGGGGUGAAACCUUAGGAUAUACCCGCUUUCAAGGUGUUUAUCUGCCUCUGUUGUGGGAACAGAGUUUUUGUUGGAAAAGUCCGAUUGCUCUGGGCUACACACGAGGCCACUUCUCUGCUUUGGUUGCCAUGGAAAAUGACGGCUAUGGCAAUCGAGGUGCUGGUGCUAACCUGAACACAGACGAUGACGUCACCAUCACGUUUCUGCCUCUGGUUGACAGUGAGAGGAAGUUACUCCACGUACACUUCCUGUCUGCUCAGGAGCUAGGUAACGAGGAACAGCGGGAAAAGCUGCUCCGACAGUGGCUGGACUGCUGCGUCACUGAAGGCGGGGUUCUCGUUGCCAUGCAGAAGAGCUCCUGCAGGCGAAAUCACCCUUUGGUCACUCAGAUGGUGGAGAAAUGGCUUGACCGUUACCGACAGAUCCGGCCCUGCACAUCCCUAUCUGACGGUGAGGAAGACGAGGAUGAUGAAGAUGAAUGA